UUCUUUGUUGGUAUUAUUUUAUUUUGUGUGGUUGAAGUUAAAAGUUAUUUGCAGAAAUGCAUAUUAAUUGAUACUAGGUAACACAUUCUAAGGAACAAAAGUUAUAUUAUAUUUACCCUAAAAUAUCUACAGUUUUACCCGAUAAAUUGGUGUGCUUAUAUAUGUAGAUAUACUAUGGAGUGGAAUUACUAAAGAUACAAUUGAAUAAACAACAAUUAAUAUAUGUACAUUAGAGUGAAGUACGAAUAUGACUUUAAUCCAUCUUAUUGACCUACUAGACUACACUCAAACAAAUAAAAAUGAGUCAGUUUCCUACUACGUCAUGGAGUAGGAUGUGUGUUCAAACAUGCAUAUAUAUCGGUGGCAAAAUAUAGUGAAAUGCUUAUCAGUGUUAGUACAAAAAAAAGUAAAUAAACACAUUGAGCAGAAAGAAACAGUGGAGUAUGUAUCGAAAGUUAUUAUAGUUAUUAAUUUUUUUACAUACCCAAUUCAUAUUGAAAAUCACAUACGGCUAUUUAAGUACUAGUAAAAGUAGAUUAUGUCAGUUAGUGAUGCCGAUGAAAUACGAUCAGCUGCUGAAUUGCUGAUAACAAGCUCUAGACAGCCUAUGGCCUAUCGCAGUACAAUGAGUGGGCCAAUGUCCCCCAACUAUGAUAUGUUUAAUUUAUUUAUAGCACGUACACAUUCCAUCAAUUUGAUCACCGAAGAAUUUCUCGGCGGUUAUAUGCAGGAUGGACGCAUGUCCGUGGUACGUCGGUUUUUCUGCCUCUUCGUGCUGUUCGACUUGUUUUUCGUAUCGUUACUGUGGUUAAUAUGCAUAAUGAUCAAUGGAGACAAUAUAUUUCAAGCAUUUCAGAAACAAAUCGUCCAUUACACGUUUGGCACGUCUUUAUUCGAUGUAGUGGGAGCCGCUAUAUGCCGUUUUGUAGUACUCACAUUUUUUUAUGCGUUAAUGUACAUAAACCAUUGGAUUAUAAUUGCAUUAUCUACGAGUGGUUCAUGCCUAUUUUUAAUCUCCAAAGUCUUCGUUUAUGAUUGGGUUGAUUCGCGCCAACAGGUUUUCGAGGUGAUACUGAUUAUAACAUCAUUUGUAUUGGCUUGGGGAGAGGCUUGGUUUCUGGAUUGUCGCGUUAUACCACAAGAGCGCCACGCGCGCAGCUAUUUUUCCUCAAUAACAACUCCCGAACAGCGUUCGCCGAUGAUGGCACCAUUUUUGGCUUCCCAACCGGGUCCUAAUGUGCCGGAGAGUAUUUUUUAUUCACCACUAGAAACAGUGCACAACAGUGAUGACGACGACGAUGAACAGGAUGAAGAAUAUCAUCAAAUGGCUUUGGAUUGUGUGCGUAGAGCAUACGAACUUUUCGAAUCUCCCGAUUGGAAAGUGGAAAAGGUGACGAGCAAAGGUGAUACUAUACGUAGUACUCAACGUGAGAAGCUGGGAAAAAUUUAUCGACUUACAGGACGUAUCAAAUAUCCAGCCAAGGCACUGCUGGAAGAACUCUUCUAUAGAAUUGAAAGUGUGCCUAAGUGGAAUCCGACUUUACUCGAAUCGAAAAUUGUGCAUAAAAUUAACUCCUACACAGAUAUUACAUACCAAGCCAGUGUGGGCGGUGGCGGUGGUAUAGUAAAGAGUCGCGAUUUCAUUAAUUUACGUUGUUGGCGACUCUUCCGUAAUGGCAAAAUGUGUGAAGAAUCCGAUAAUGACGAUGACGUCGAUAGUGGCAGUGAUACGGCUGGUCCGGCUAGUGUUUCCACCGUCUCCGAUGAUGACUCUGUAACGACUACACAACCCAGCAGUGUCGAAAGCAAUCGUGCGAAAUUCUCCAGCAGUGGCAGUGUAAAGGGUAUGCGUGAAAGCGCUGGCGUCGAUGAAGAAAAUCGCAGUGGACGUGGUGGUCCUGCUUUUAAAACAUUAAGCAAAAGUUUGGGUGCUAAAGAUUUCAGCACGAUUGUGCGUAUUGAUCCAGAUGAACCGCCACCAUUCGAAGAGGACACAUUCGAGGAUGCGCAUGAUAAUGUUGAUGAUUUGACGCGUCUAGUGCAGAAAGAGGCACGUGCGGAAAUCCAAACUGCACAACAGGAAAGUGCUGAUAUUGGCGAUGGUGCGGCCGUAAGCGGUGCGCUGGGUGCGAAGGGCAGCAAAAAUAAAGUUUAUUUAAGUGCGGCCAUUAGUAUUGAUUAUGCGCCGGUGCCGAUCACUACGAAGUAUGUACGUGGUGAAAAUAUUGUCGCCGGAUUUGCAAUUCAUGAGAUUGCUGGUAAAUCGGAUUCUUGCAUAUUCGACUGGAUUCUGUGUUUGGACUUAAAGGGUUACGUACCACGUUAUGUUUUAGACACUGCCUACACUACUUUCAUGAAUGACUAUAUGAAAUAUUUACGUAAAUAUGCAGCUGAAUUACGCACAAAACGCAAGCGUACCUCUAGAAAAUAGCUGAAGUUAAAUAUGAUCGACAACAACAACAUGGUCGAUAUAUAGCUGCUAACAAAAGCGGGUAUUAUGUAGUAGUAAAUAAGUUUUUGUAGCUUUAGUUUCCAUUAUGUGUGUGUGGAAUGUAUUUUUUUUACAUAUAGUGCACAAAUAUUUUCAUUUAUACCCACAAAAACAAAGAAAACAACAAAAAAAAAGAAAACUAACAACACCCUAAAAUCAAUAUAGUACUUUAAAAUUGUUUAAAAAAUCUAAAAAAUAGGAAAAUUAUAGAACUGACAUAGAUCUUUAUUAUUGUAAUAGUUUUACAAAUCAACUGUUACUAUUUAAAAUUGAACAAGUUAUAAAGCUACAUAAUUAAUUGCUAAAAAGAAGUUUAAAAAUGUUGCCCAAAGCUUUGCUAACUCUUUACUAUAAAAUUGAAAAGUUGAAUAUUUUUUUACACUAUUAGGUUUGUCAAUGUAAGAAAAAAGUGUAAUUAUGUACGUUCUCAUCCGUACACAUAUACAUAUUUACAUAGUUAGGUUAGAGCAAGUGUUCCAAGCUCCGCUAUAUUCAUACAAUAUAAAAAAUCAUUUCAUUCAAAUAUCCGUGCGAGAUUUCUUCGGCAUUUUGUGUCUGUGUGGCAUGUAAAAAUUCAUCAUUUUUUUUUUAAUAUUUCAUGACAUAUUAAGUGAUAGUAUACAAUUUGUAAACAUUUAACAGUAAAUAUAAUGUAACAAAUAUAAAACAAUAAUCAAAAUCAAAAGGACUGAUGAAUGAUCAAUUUCUGAUGCUAAGUAAUAUGGCUGUUCUGUUAUUGGUUUAUAUACGUAUGUUUGUAUGCUUUAUGUUUUUACGGAAAUAAAUAUAUAUAUAUCUGAUUGAAAA